UGAGGGAUACCGAAGUAGGCUUGCCCGUUGCUAGUCAGUUAGCCUCGUUAGCUGACUCCAGUGAUCCUGGCAGCCGUGUAUUUUCCGCACUAAAAAAAAGAGAAAAUUACCCCAGUGAUUUGCACUACCAGCCAUGGAGAGGAUGCAACGCACACGAUCGUCUUCUGUAUCCCCUUCUAUCGUCAGCUUCUGUUUAGACGUCAAUGUCAUAGUUUGUAGCUAGAGCUGUCCAGUUAGCUCAGCUAGCUUGUGUCUGGCCAACGCAGGGCCAAGGCCAGCCGAGAAAAGGCAGGCCGUCGGCAUCCACUAGGCGGUAGCUUUGUAGGUGGAGGAGAAGAAGUGGAGUUGGACAUCACCUUUUGGAUCAGAGCUCCUUUCAAAUUCGCCUCCGCCUUCAUCUGCGUCGCUGUCACCUUCAGCUGACUAUGUCUUCGUCAGGCUGCUGUCACCUACCCGGCUCCCUUUGUGAUUAUUCUGGCACUGCCGAAUCCGAUGCCUCCAAGGAUUCCGAGGAGACUGACUCCACCGCGCAGGCCCAGUACAUUGCCAAGGUUACGGCUAAAGAUGGCCGCCCACUCUCCACCGUGGUCAAAGCGGUGAGCUCACAGAGCGACGUGGGUAUGUGUCGGAUUUGUCACGAGGGAGCUGGAGGAGAGACGCUGCUCUCGCCCUGUGACUGUACUGGUACUCUGGGUAAAGUGCAUAAAAGCUGCUUGGAGAAGUGGCUGUCAUCCUCCAACACCAGCUACUGUGAACUUUGUCACACUGAGUUCACUAUUGAACGGCGACCACAGCCACUCACUCAGUGGCUGAAGGACCCGGGCCCUCGCAGUGAGAAGCGCACUCUGCUCUGCGACAUGGCCUGUUUCCUUCUUAUCACACCCCUGGCAGCUAUCUCCGGCUGGCUGUGUCUGAGGGGCGCACAGGACCACCUGCAGCUGAAGAGCAGACUCGAAGCUGUUGGCCUUAUUGCCCUCACCAUCGCCCUCUUCACUAUCUACAUCCUUUGGACACUGGUGUCAUUUCGGUAUCACUGUCAGUUGUACUCGGAGUGGAGGAGGACCAAUCAGAAAGUGCGCCUGCUAAUGCCCGACAUGAAAGGGGCACACACUACCCAACGCUCGGUGCCAACCAAGUCGACCAAGAAAAUGACUGACGAGACCAUCGUAUGAGUGCUGAGCAGGGGCAAGUGGAAUAUUUAAAAUAGAGCCCGCUGAAGCACUCUCUAAAAACAAAAUUAAUCAUAUUAAUGAACUUUUGCACUUCAUAUGGACCAUUCUGAGGGAAGAACUGCUUUUUUUCCUCCCCCUUCUGUUUUCUUUAUUAAAGCACUUGAUGUAAACUACUAUGGUAUUGGCUAGCCACAAAAGUGGUUUUGAACUUUUUGAACUCAUUCAGGAGUCGUUGUUGAUGAAAACGAACAGUGCCAGGAUGCGAAUGCCUGGACACAUGGAAAAUGGACUAAUCAGCUGGACUUUAAGUCAUUGUCACAAACUUAUGAAAUACUAAGACACAAGCUAAUGUAGCAGAAUAUAACUGAUUCAGCAUGCUACUACAGUAUAAUAUGAAACAUAUUCACUACCUAUAAUUCCCCCAAGCCCCUUCACCACGUAUUUAGCUGUUUUGGAACAAUGGGCAAGCAAUAGCCUGGCGGAGGAUAAUAAUCUAAAAAAAAAACAAAAAACAUUUUUUGACAAACUCUGUGAAUAAUCUUUUCUUUUGUUCUGCUUUUAACAAGUAGGGAGCGACAUUUGUUCAUACCACUGUCCUUGUCUAUAAUCUGAACCCUUCUUCAUUUUUCCAGGAAAAUCUUUUUUCUUUGUUCUUUUUUUCCAUUGCUGUCUGAAGAGUGGAAACCAAAUCACCUUCCUGUUGAUGCAGGUCUCGUGUAUUAAUCACACUUGUCACGGGGGCCAGUGAGCAUUGUAGUAUAUGGGAUAACACUAACUCCAGCUGGUGGAUGGCAGUGCAGUAACGUACAGGACACGAGUGUUGAAGGUGUGGAAUCAUGUUUACAUUUUAAUCGGAUUAUGUUUCUUCUACUGUCAUAAAAGUGCAUUAGCAAACAGCCCUGCUCCACUUGUAAAUGCACCAUUCAUCAAUUGAGCUGCCUAGCAACGACCAGUAGUAAUGUCUUACAUCACAAGUGAUGCAAUUUUAAAAAGAGCAGAAUAUAGCUUUGGGAAACGUGACAUUAAUGGAUUAAAAACACAGGUGUACCAGAGCAGACUGGUGCUUCGUAAAGGUCCACAAAGGCAAGCGUGUUCUGAGAUGUCAGUCGAUAUAUGCAGCAUUUGUUAGACAAAGUAUUUUGUGUUAUUGUAGUCUUCCUGCUGCAGUCCCCUGGAAAAUUGGGUUAUUGUGCAAUAAAACAUGAGGGACUCCUGGACUCGGAUGUGGGUGAUCUUUGUGCUCUCUUUUCUUUUUCUUAUUCCACAGAGAAGAUGACUGAAUAAACUGUGAGUUAUACCACAAUCUAAAAA